UCGCCGCUGCUUGGCCUCUCCUGCCUCCGGGCGGCAAGAUCCAAGGCCAGGAGCCGGAGGCAAUUCCCCCCCUCCUCCCCUCCCCACCAACUGCAAACAAAAUCGCGGCUCGCAAGAACAAGGAUAAAAAUCCCGUCUUUCCUUCCCUUGCGCCGCCACCACCCCCGCAUCUACUUCCUCGCCACCCCGCCCCGAGCUGAUCGGUGUUCAGCUGGAUUACUCAGGCCCCCCUCGAUAAAACCGAUGCUUCUCCAGCCUCGCUAACCCUAGCAGCAGAAGCGGCCUGUAGCAUCCGUGCGUCUUGGGCCCGCCGCCAUGCCGUGGCUGGAGAUGUGGCUGCCGGCCGCGGGCGAGGGGGCGGCGGCGGGGCUGUUCCUCGACGCCGGCGACGCGGCGGCGCACGGCGCGCUCCUCGCGGCCAUGCCCGGCUGCUCGGCCUCCUUCGGCGUGCCGCGGCGGCGGCGUGGGAGGGCGCGGCCGGGGUUCCUCUCGAUGACGAUGUCGGUCAAGGGGGGCAGGGGGUUCGCGCCGGCCCCCGUGGGGCUGCUCACGAGCGGGGAUGAGAAGGGCGGAGGGGCGGAGGUCGCGGAGGGGCUGGUCGCCGGGAGGGGCGCGGAGGGGCUGGUGCUGGUGGAGGCGGAGGCGGACGGGAAGCUGACGGAGGAGAAGGAGGCUCAUUCUGGGGCCGGCGCCAUGAACACCACCAAGCAUCUCUGGUCUGGAGCCGUCGCCGCCAUGGUCUCAAGAACAGUUGUUGCUCCCCUUGAGAGGCUAAAGUUGGAGUAUAUAGUUCGUGGUGAGCAGAGGAAUCUAUUUGAGCUUAUCCAAGCGAUUGCAACAACGGAAGGAUUGAAAGGCUUUUGGAAAGGGAACUUAGUCAAUAUCCUCCGUACUGCUCCAUUUAAGGCGGUCAACUUCUAUGCAUAUGACAGUUACAGAAAGCAACUUCUCAAAUGGUCUGGUAAUGAAGAAACAACCAAUCUUGAGAGAUUUAUCGCUGGUGCUUCUGCUGGUGUUACAUCAACGAUAAUGUGCAUACCCAUGGAUACGAUUAGGACAAAGAUGGUUGCCCCUGGCGGUGAAGCAUUAGGUGGGGUUAUUGGUGUUGCCCGCCACAUGAUCCAGACUGAAGGGUUGUUCUCACUGUACAAGGGAUUAGUGCCUUCUCUUAUUAGCAUGGCACCCUCUGGCGCUGUAUUCUACGGGGUGUAUGACAUACUGAAGAUGGCUUAUCUGCAUUCACCCGAAGGAAAGAGGAGAAUAUCAAUGAUGAAACAACAAGGUCAAGAGGCAAAUGCAUUAGAUCAGCUUGAGUUGGGCACUGUUAGGACGUUACUCUAUGGGGCCAUCGCUGGGUGCUGCGCUGAGGCAGCCACAUACCCUUUUGAAGUAGUUAGGAGACAGCUACAGUUGCAAGUCAAAGCAACAAAGAUGAAUGCACUUGCAACAUGCCUAAAAAUUGUUGAUAAAGGUGGAGUACCAGCACUUUACGUUGGCUUGAUCCCCAGCUUGUUACAGGUUCUGCCAUCGGCAUCUAUCAGCUAUUUUGUAUACGAGCUAAUGAAGAUAGUCCUGAAAGUGGAAUGAGUGCAAGUUGAUUCUUUGUGCCAAUGUAGCAAGUUCAGGAGACUCAGCUGACAUUACCUUGGUAAAAGUUGCAAGCAAUCAUCGAUUUAUCAGUGCAUCUAGCACAUUUUCUUUUUUCUGGUAGGCUUACUUCACGAAAGCUUCAGAGGCUGUGAGUGUAGCUUCAUUUUGGUCAAAGCAUUUUCAUUUGAAGCUUUGCUGUCACAGUAUUCUUGUGCACGAGCUCAGCCGUGCCUCUGUUCUGUUUGCUCGUCUAUAGCAGAUUGAGCUGUGCCCGAGUGAAAACAUUUGGCCUUCAAAUUUCAGUUAACAAGGUUUCAAAUUUUAAUGCUUGAUGUAUGGAUGGAUGCAUGUCUGCAAGCCAGAACGAUUUUGUUUGCUGCAGGCUCUUGAGAACUGAUAUUUGCCUCCUGGCUCCAGUCAUUCGUGCAGACGUUA